AGGCCAUAUUUAUUCUCAGAAGGUGAAGAAUCUUUUGUUUUUCUUGGAGGAAUCUUUGGUUAUGAUUGUGAUGUGAGAUAUUUCUUGAUUAUGGCCUUGAACAGUGGUUUUUAAAGGUUUUCAUGUUUGGUAGGCUAAAAUUUUGUGUCUGUUUGUGUGUGAGUGAACUUUAUGAGAGAACCCAACCAUUGUACGUUAGAUGAGCAGAUACUCUUUUAGUUUUCUUGAGUAAUUGUGCAUUCCAUUUUCCCUUUACUUUUCCCUGAUAUGGUGAGUGGUUGAUAUUGAAGGCAAUUGGGUUCACUGAUAGAUUGUACAUUGUCAGUUGUUUUCAUUGAUUGUGAUCCUUCGACUCUUUUAAUUCAUGUUCAUUGUUCUACUAUUUAUGCCAAUUUUGUUUUGAUUCGGAGUGUCAUUCAUAUUGUGUAUGCAUGUGUUUUACACACCUUCCCCAUUCUCUCUCUCUCUCUCCCCCCCCAAUAUGCAGACACACUUCCUCUCUAAUUGCUUCUUGUGUUCUGAUUAUUUUCUGAACUUGAUUUAUUUUUGAGUUGGUUGUGAUGAUGUCCAGAAUCAAAUUGUACAUCCACGUAGACCUACUGCAAUUUUCAUGUGUUUUUUUAGCUUUUUGGUAUAAUGUAUCUACCGAGUUGAUAAGGUUAAAAGAAAGGAGCAUAACACUAAUUUCUUCCUCAUCUGUUAGGACUUUGUGGGUAUUCCUUCAUUGAUAACUCUCCCAACUGAAAGGAUCUUAUCUAGGGGGUUGAAGAUGUAUGUUGUUGAGAGCAAAGGAGGUGCUAUAGUAUGUAUGCUGUUUUCUCUUUUCUUCUUGGGUACAUGGCCUGCUAUUUUGACUCUCCUGGAAAGGCGUGGCCGUCUUCCUCAGCACACUUACCUUGAUUACACCAUCACUAAUCUUUUGGCUGCUGUAAUCAUUGCUUUCACAUUCGGUGAGAUCGGGAAGAGCACACCAGAGCAGCCAAAUUUCUUGAUUCAGCUUUCUCAGGACAAUUGGCCAAGCGUUUUGUUUGCAAUGGCUGGUGGGAUAGUCCUCAGUGUCGGAAACCUGUCAACACAAUAUGCUUGGGCCUUUGUUGGUUUAUCUGUGACUGAGGUGAUCACUUCAAGCAUAACUGUUGUUAUAGGCACAACAUUGAAUUACUUCUUAGAUGACAAAAUCAAUAGAGCUGAAAUUCUUUUUCCUGGUGUUGGAUGCUUUUUGAUUGCUGUCUGUCUGGGCUCUGCUGUUCAUGCAUCCAAUGCCGCAGACAAUAAAGCGAAACUUGGUAAUUUGUCAGAUGUUCACAAAAAUGGGACAGGAGCUGGGACAUCUGUGACUAUAGUAGAAACAUGUCCAAACGCAGUUGCAAUGAAGGAUCCGGAAAAUGGAACUGGCACCAAGGAGAGGGCAGAAUUUGGAACCGCAGAAUUUCUCGUUGAGCUUGAGAGCAGAAGGUCCAUAAAGGUGUUCGGGAAGAGCACUUUUAUUGGCUUGUCCAUCACUUUCUUUGCAGGAGUUUGUUUUUCCCUCUUCUCACCAGCAUUCAACCUUGCAACAAAUGAUCAAUGGCACACUUUGAAACAUGGUGUCCCCCACUUAAGUGUUUACACUGCAUUUUUCUACUUCUCGGCCUCUUGUUUUGUGGUUGCCACCAUUCUGAAUAUCAGCUUCCUGUAUUACCCUAUUCUAAAAUUACCUCGAUCAUCACUAAAGGCUUACUUGUCAGACUGGAAUGGCAGAGGUUGGGCCUUUUUGGCUGGACUUUUGUGUGGGUUCGGGAAUGGACUCCAAUUCAUGGGAGGUCAAGCAGCUGGAUACGCGGCAGCAGAUGCUGUUCAGGCACUUCCACUUGUGAGCACCUUUUGGGGCAUACUUAUUUUUGGAGAGUAUCGGAAAUCGUCAAGAAGAACAUAUGUAUUUCUCGUGGGCAUGUUGUCUAUGUUCAUUGCUGCUGUUGGGGUUCUCAUGGCAUCAUCGGGGCAUCGGAAAUGAAUUUGCAGCCUUAAAGAUUCAAGUCGUGUUAUUGCAUUAAGACAUCAAAAGUCAAAAUUGUUUAUAGUUUAGUUGGAACAAAGCAAUUGCUGCAGCCAUAUCUGGUUGGUGAAGAUGUGAAUAAUCAGUGGAAGAAAGUUAUACAGACACCCUUUUUUUUUCUUUGGUG